GCUGUCUGGCCCAGGUGGCCACUGCAGAGGCACCUGAGCACAGAGGAGCCAGACCAGAGCCAUGCUCCUGCCGGCUGUCGCCCUGGCUGUCCUGCUGAGCCCCUGGGGGACUGGGGCCAUCAGGGCCGACCACGUGUCAACGUAUGCGGAGUUUGUGCAGACGCACAGCCUGUCUGGGGAGUACAUGUUCCAGUUUGACGGGGAUGAGCAGUUCUACGUGGACCUGGACAGGAAGGAGACGGUCUGGCGGCUGCCGGGGUUUAUCCACACCUUCGACUACGAUGCUCAGGGGCUUGCUGACAUCGCCAUGGCAAGAAAGAACCUGGACCUGAGCCAGCGGGCCAACCACACCAGCACCAUGAAUGAGCCCCCCGAGGUGACGGUGUUUACCAAGGCUGUGGAGCUGGGCCAGCCCAACACCCUCAACUGCCACGUGGACAAAUUCUUCCCGCCCGCGCUCAAUGUGACCUGGCUGCGCAAUGGGCGGGCGGUGACGGAGGGCAUGGCCGAGACCAUCUUCCUGCCCAGCGCGGAGUUCAGCUUCCACAGGUUCCACUACCUGACCUUCGUGCCCUCGGCCGAGGACCUCUACGCCUGCCAGGUGGAGCACUGGGGCCGCCGGCCGCUCCCCGGGCACUGGGAGGCCCAGGAGCCCAUCCAGGUGCCCGAGACAGCAGAGACGGUGGUGUGUGCCCUGGGCCUGCUGGUGGGCCUGGCGGGGAUCGUGGCCGUCUCCAUCGCCCUGAGGAGCAGGCGGCCUGACAGUCCCCGGGGUGCAGGGGCCCCUGUGACAGGCUGUCGGUGGCAGAAGAGGGCUGAGGGGAGACAGCAGGGUCAGGCCUGCUUUAAAGCUCAGGCCCUUUGA